ACAAAUGUUCUAUAUUAGUUAACCACUAAAUCUAAAGUACUGACCCCUGGAGAAGAACAUAUCCAUACUUGUCGUGUUUAAAUUACAAUUUAAGUUUAUCUAUCGAUACGAAUACUGCCUAGUAGAGAUUGUUUUUUCCGAUCAUUCAGUUGAUUAUUUAGUAAGUCCAAAUUGCCAUCGAUGGGCCGUCAACGUGGAAAAAGUUAACUUGUUUGGUUUGUUAUGCGUUAAAACUAAUCCGAGUAAAGACUCUUUUCGUAAAUAGGCAAUUUAGAGGCACAAGAAACAUUAAAAAGCUCGUUAAGUCUGGCCUUUUUAUGAUAUAGCCUCUUUGGACACAACUGAACUGUUUGUGAAAAAGUACAUAAGAUGGCAUCCAAUAACUGGUUUUGGUUCGGAAAUAUGCUACUCGUCUCGUUUCCAUUGGCAAUAUUGGGAAUCGAUCUGAGUAAACUAUAUGGACAUUUGCCAGCUGUUUCCAAGCGCAAUGAGGCCUGUCAUCCUUAUGAACCAUUCAAAUGUCCCGGUGAUGGAAACUGCAUUUCUAUACAAUAUUUAUGCGACGGUGCACCAGAUUGUUCUGAUGGUUAUGACGAAGACAUGCGACUUUGUACAGCAGCCAAGCGACCACCUGUUGAGGAGACAGCAUCUUUUUUGCAAAGUCUACUUGCAUCGCAUGGGCCGAACUAUCUGGAAAAAUUGUUUGGUAGCAAGGCUAGAGAUGCCUUGGCUCCACUCGGAGGCGCAGAGAAGGUUGCAAUUGCUCUCAGCGAAUCUCAAACCAUUGAAGAUUUCGGGGCCGCGUUGCAUCUAAUGAGAUCGGACUUGGAGCAUUUGCGUUCUGUUUUUAUGGCAGUUGAAAACGGAGAUCUAGGUAUGUUAAAAUCGAUCGGCAUAAAGGAUUCCGAGCUAGGAGACGUAAAAUUUUUCCUCGAAAAGCUUGUUAACACUGGCUUUCUGGACUGAGUUUCAUUUGAUCUUUCGUAUAGUAACACUCUUAACUAUUUUGAACCGAUGAAAUUAUAGAUCUCCAAUUUAGGUUUCGCUGGUGAUUCCAGCAACUACAUCGAAAAUCUCAUUUUCAAAAACAUUAUGAACACACUUUCCUGUACAAUACAAAAGAAUCAGGUCAAUUGAAUGCAAUGGAACAGCGAGGAUGCACAGGUAUAGACAAACUGGACAAUCGCACAGUUGCGCUCUUAUUGACAGCUAAUCGUAGUUUUAAAAACAGGUGUGGAACGAUGCAAUUACAAAAUGAAGAGCCUACGGUUACGAUAUAAAUGGGUGAAUCAUCAUUCAGACACAAUUCUCAUCAUCGGAUCUGACAUAUUUAUCUGAAUCGGAAUUGUGAUUGAAUUAAUAAUUUCUAUUGCAUGCAUUGUUUGGGCUUGCAAUCCCAUGAUAUAUAAUUUGUUAGACAAAUUAUAUUAACUCUAUCGUAGCCUCAGCCUCUAAAGUUUGAUGCAAGACCCUAGAAUACAACAGCACUCGAAACAGGAAAACAUGAUAUUAUUUUAACUCUAUCACCUAACAAGAACAUUUAAAAAGGAAGAUAAAUGUGUAAUUACAAAAGUAAGAUCAAAUUGUUUUUGAUCAAGUUAUUCCUGUCAUGGAGCCAUGGAGAGAAAAAAGUACUUAAGCACGAUUGAGCCCAUAUUAUUCCAAAUAAUUCGUGUUGGUUUUUACUAACCGGUUUUUAUUGAUUUUUUUAAUCAUAAUGAAUGAAAACGUGUGCUCUGAAUGCCAAUAGAAAUCAAUACAUAUCACUGUUAUGAUAACGAUGGAGUGAAGUACCUUAAAACAACAUCAACACUAUGAAAAUUAGCGAAAAUACGCCAUCAUGCGUUAUGGGUCUCGUGAAAAAUUUAUCACAAUUAAGUUGCAAUUGUUCUAGAACCUAAAAUGUCAAUGAAUGGCAUGAAGGGAAACGUAGCAGUUUGAUUAUUAUACUAUUGACAUUAUAUAUAUUGCGAAAACUUUGUCAUUAUAUUGACAAAGAAAAUGGAAUUGUUUAAAUCAACAUAAUGUUCUCCAUCUAUCCAUCCAUAUCGUUUAUCCUUUCUUCAACCUUAUUCAAUCUUAUUUAUUUUAAUGUCUUUAUACAAUAAGUUACUCAUUCAAUAACUUUAGCUUUCAAAGCGAAACAUGUUUAUGCACUCAUCCUUAAAAGCUUUUUAUUCAGAACAUAUCAAAGAUCUUGUCAGUUAUUUAUCCCAAGCUACUGCAAAAUAACUGUACCCAUCAAGUGUAUCAAAUUUUAAGAUAAUUUUAAAACAAUUGAUACACAGCUAUUUGAAGUGUACAAGCGAGCCUUUUUAGAAACCAAGAAAUGUAAAAGAGCAUAUUCACCGUUGAUCUGAUGUGAGUGAUUUAAGAAGGGCAGCAGAAAGUAACAUUUACAAGGAAAAUAUGCUAAACAAAAAAAUUCUCUACAAGGACAAUUCAUCAAAAUACAUUUAAACCGGUAUCUUC